AAUGCUCCAGUUCUGGCCAGAGCCUGCCUCCUCCUACAGUGCGCCUACUUUGUCAACAAGUGCAACCGCGGCGAGUGGCCCGCCUGGAUUAAAAUGAACUUUCCCAUGCCCGUGCAGCAGACAACCCACAUAAACGUCCAGCCGCCUGCUCAGCCCAUUGCCAUCUCCAUCUCUGGACCGGCGGCUUCGUCAAAUCUCGACGCAGAGAACCGCGGUGUGGGUAUUCAGAAGAAUAGUGCCCAAAUUCAGUGGGCUGCAGGGCGCCUUUUCCAUGCCUGGGCUGAGGUAGGCACUGCUGCUGUUCCCUUUUGA